AUGGUACGCCUCGAAAUAUUGGCGCUCCUCCAUGCAGCCGGCGUGCUCGGCUCAGCAUGCCUCCCCGCCCCGGUACCUUCCUCCUCCCCGUCCUCAUAUCUCGGAACAUUUCAGAACCCCUCCGCCCACUCCCGCCCGCGGUUCCGCUACUGGCUCCCAGACGCCAGUGUCAACGGCGAGAUCGUAGCCGCCAAUAUCAAAGACAGCGGCGAGAAGGGCGCCGGUGGAGUCGAACUCGUCGCGUUCUACAACUACGGUGGUGAAACUCUCGAUCCGUCUCCCAAGGCCGAUUGGGUUACCAAUGGGUUCGGUACACCGGCGUUCCGCGAUGUGUUUCGUGCUGCGCUGGAGGCGCAUAAAGAUGCGGGGCUCUUUAUGGAUUUUGCGCUUGGGCCGAAUCAGGGACAGGGCGUUCCGGCUUCGUCUGAGGAUGAGGGGUUGCAGUGGGAUUUGGUCCCGUACUCCGUCGAAGUCGCGAAUGCAGCCUUCAAAGGCCAGAUCCCCGGCUGGGGAACGGGCGAGCUUAUCGCGGUGGUCUCAGCACAAGUCUUGUCGCAGACCAACGUUUCGCUACCAGUGAUCGACUCGCCGUUUCUUUCAGGCCAGGAGGGCUACCUCAGCUUGGUGCUAGAUCACGAGAGCUUGGCGGAUCUUACGGACCACGUGUCUGAAGACGGACAGCUUUCAAUCUCUCUCUCCACCUCUUCACAGGGCGGUGUUGGGCACCGUCUCUUUGCCUACUAUCAGAAGCAGACUUUGCACAAAAAUCUCGAGUUUCACAAUAAUGCUACAGCGACGAUCUGGGAUAAUGGCUCUUAUGCUGUUGAUCAUUAUAGCGCUCGCGGCGCACAGACUGUCAUUGAUUUCUGGGAGAAGCAUAUACUUGCCGAUGGGAUCAAAGAGUUGGUGAUGGAGGCCGGAAACUAUGACGGUGGGGCUGGCUACAUCAACGACUUCCGCGGUGUCCUCGAAGAUUGUUACCGGGAGUACCUCGAAACGCUGACCGACUGGGCACACAAUGAGCUCAAGCUCCAGUUUUCAGCCCAAGUUUCCUAUAAUCUUCCCAUGGAUAUGGGGGUGAAUAUACCCGUCGUCGACGCCCCAGAAUGCGAGAGCCUCCAGUUUGCAGCCAGUGUUGAUGCUUACCGCCAGUUCUCCGGGCCCGCACUACUCGCAGGUACGAAGGUUAUCUCAAACGAGAUGGGCGCGACUAUGGCAGCGUACGGGUAUACAUUUCCCAGUCUUUUGUUCUCUGUUGGUCGUGCGGUUGUUGGAGGGGUGAACCAGAUUGUCCUGCAUGGGCAGAGCUAUACUGGGGAUUACUAUGAGACUACGUGGCCUGGAAAUACGCCCUUCAGUUUUACGACUUCGGAACUGUAUUCGGACAAGCAGCCUUCCUGGGAUCAUGGUCUGUCGGAUGUUUUGAACUUCUUUGCUCGAACCCAGUAUACCCAGCGACAGGGAACUGCGAGAGUCGAUGUGGCCAUCUACAACAAAGCCUCCGCUACCGACUCCACCGCAUUCCCUGCGGUAUAUCAGGCGGAUGACUUGGUUGAUGCAGGGUGGACGUGGGCAUACCUCACCCCAGACAACUUUGCCCUUCCAGAGGCCACAGUGCGGAAGGGUGUCCUCGGUCCAGAUGGACCCAGAUUCAAAGCACUCGUUAUAACGCGCGACAGCAACAUGACCCUAGCAGGAGCGCAAAAAAUCCAAGAAUAUGCGACGCUUGGGCUGCCGAUUAUCUUCAGCGGAGGCCUGCCCGGCGUUUAUAGCUCCUCGACUGAUGGGAGCGAGCCCGCCGCCAUUGAAGCUGCCCUAACGGAUCUGUCGACAUCUGAUAACGUAUACCUGGUGGAUUCUGGCGGUGUCGCUGACAAGCUCACAUCCCUUGGUCUGUCACCCAAUAUCAAGGUCCAAACCGAAGGGCAAUGGUACACAACUUGGAGGGAGGACGCUUCGACUGGAAUCGACUAUGCGUUGGUCUUUUGCGACACCAACUCAUCCUCGGGAUAUAUCACGGUGACCGGCGCUGCAAAGAACAAGACUCCGUUCUAUCUUAAUGCAUGGACGGGUGCCAUCGCGCCUGUUUUCACCUACAGUGUAACGAAGUCUGGCUUGACCAUCCCAGUAUCGCUUCAGGGUAAUCAGACUCUAGUCAUUGCGUUCUCUUCUCGCCCUCUGGGUGAGUCUGGAACACCCAAGGUCCAUGCUGUUGAGAGUCCUGAUUCGGUGAUUAACGCGACAUUUGACCGGAAACAUGGCUGGGUUGCCCAUGUUACAAAUCAGCGCGGGUCUCAAGCACUCGGGCGCAUUCGCCUCUCAAACAAUCGACAUGUUGAGCUGCCUCAAACACAGCAGAUAGCGAAGCCGUUCAAUCUAACCAACUGGAAACUCAUCGCCGAACAUUGGGAAGCACCAACAAACUUCAGCGAUGCCAGUACAAUAGCGCAAAAGCACAACACGACCCACGAACUCCAAAAACUGAUAUCGUGGACCGAAAUCCCCUCCCUACAAAACACCUCCGGGCUAGGCUACUACAGCACAACUCUCCAAUGGCCACUGACCGGCGACGGCACCGCAGACGGCGCAUACAUCCUUUUCUCCCGCAUCCUCCACGCAAUCCAACUCAGUAUAAACGGCCGCAGACUACCGGCGCUAGACUACACGGAUGCACGGGCGGAUAUAACUCCGUACUUGAAGCACGGCAGGAACGAGAUCCUCGCCGUUGUCCCGACGACAAUGUGGAACUACAUUCGGAGUAUCUUGCCGGAUAUUCGGGAUCAGGGUCAUUUGCCGGGGCUGCUUGAGAUGGGGCUUCCAGUGCCGGGGUUGUCGGAGAAUGGGCUUGUAGGGGAUAUUAUGGUUGUUCCCUACGUGAAUGUGAGGGUAGGGUGA